GAAUUGGAAAGACAGAGAGCGAGUUUGGUGAAAGAAGAGAAUGGUGAUGAUGAGGAAUGUGGUGACGCCGUGGCAGACCUGCCCGCUAUUCUCCUUGUUACCCUUAAAUGCCCGUAAUACCCCUCUCAUCCUACGCUCAGCUCCCCACUCUGGUCGUUUAUCCAUGGCUGCUUCCUCUCAGUCAACUACUUUUCAGAAUCAGAAUCAGAAUCAGAAUCAGAAUCAGAAUGUUCCCGCCGGCGCCGGAGCUGAUGACAAUAUGUUUCAGUUGAUUCAGUCUCAUCAGGAAAAGGCUUCUCGUCUUCCCCCGAUUCAGGAAAUCCGAACUCUGCUCGAUAGUAGUGUUCGUGGAGUGCUCUCAGUCAAAUAUAAUGAGAUUGAGAGAAUGAAUUCUCAGAUAUCUUAUUACACCCAUUCUGUGGUCCAUAGAAACUGGUGCUUGGAUGUUUGGAGCUUCUACUUCUGGCGGUGA